AUGGGUCUUCAAUCGGAGGCACUAGCAGGCAGACCUAAGAGGGAUUUGAAAAGGGCAUAUGCUACUAGGAGUGGUGGUGAGUGUUCAAGAUUGAUUCUAGAGGAAGAGUUUAGCUCUGAGAGUACUGACUCUGAUGAUCCCAUGUAUGAUGCCAUAGUCGAUUCUGACUAUGAGUUGAAUGAAGAAGAUGAUGAUGUGUUGUUUCAGAGGAAUGUCGAUGGUGAUACUAAUAAGGUUCAUGAGUUCGAUGAAAUGGGGUACGAAGGGAACAUCUCAGAUGUAGGUGAGGAUUCUGAUGGCUUUAAGAGUGUUCAUUCAAGUGAUAGUGAAGGUGAAGAUCAGGGGCCUUUCAGAGUCAACGGUAAGAAGAGAUUCUCUAAUUGGGUAGAAUUCAAUGUUAAGACGGACAUGAAAAACCCAAUAUUUUGUAUUGGUAUGGUGUUCCCCAACAAUGAAGUGUUCAAGCAUGCAGUCAGAAAACAUGUAGUUUUAACCAAGAAAGAACUAAGAUUCCCUAGGAACACAAAGCACCAAGUGUUGGUGAGAUGUAAAACUAGUCCCGGUUGUCCAUUUUGGUUAUAUGCAAGUAGCACUAAUGAAAAUAACUCCACUAUGCAAGUUGUUAGAUACACACCUGAACACAAGUGUUCAAGUGUUGCAAAAAGGGUUUAUCAUUGUCAUGCCCCUUUUUUAGCUGAAGAGUACAAGUCUACUUUCAUGGCUGAUGGAAAAUGGAGUAGGGAAGGCAUUCAAAAUAAGGUCAUUGAAGAUUUUGGUAUGCAUAUAGGGUAUGCAAUGUGUUAUAGAGCUAAGUCGAGGGCGAAGAAGUUGGUAGAGGGAACCAUUGAGGAGCAAUAUGAUUUGCUAGAGAGUUAUGCAUGUGAACUAAAGAAGAGAAAUCUCGGGACUACAAUUUGGAUUCCAACUGAGCUUGAUGAGAAUGUGAGAAAGUUUAAGAGGAUCUACAUAUGCGUUGCUGCUUUGAGAGAAGGUUGGAAGGCAGGUUGCAGACCCAUCAUAGGAUUGGUUGGUUGUCACUUGAAAGGAGUCCAUAAGGGCCAACUACUUUCAGCAGUAGGGAUCGAUGACAACAAUGGUAUGUAUCCGAUUGCGUGGGCGAUUGUUGAAAAAGAAAUGAAGGAUUCUUGGAGCUGGUUUAUGACUUCCCUAAAAGAUGACUUGGAAAUUAAUCGUUCAAUGGCCUAUGCAUUUAUCUCAGACAAGCAAAAAUGA